AUUGAGGUGCACGCGCCCGCUGGGGCAGAGUUCCAUCGGGGUGCACGCGCCCGCUGGGGCAGAGUUCCAUCGGGGUGCACGCGCCCGCUGGGGCAGAGUUCCAUCGGGGUGCACGCGCCCGCUGGGGCAGGGUUCCAUCGGGGUGCACGCGCCCGCUGGGGCAGGGUUCCAUCGGGGUGCACGCGCCCGCUGGGGCAGGGUUCCAUCGGGUAGCGGGCGCGCGCGCACGCGCGUGUGUCAACGUGUGCAUUGUGCCGACGCCUGGGGACAAUGGGCUGGGGAGGUGGGCACCCUGUGCGCGUCCCCGGCCGCCAGCCCCUGCAGCAGUGGCUCUAUCUGGUGGGAUUUCUGGAUUUAUUUGGUGUGAGUAUGGUAGUUCCUUUAUUAAGUCGACACAUCAAGCUUCUAGGAGGAAGCUCAACGGUGGCAGGACUAAUAGGUUCUCUGUAUGGACUUCUCCAAUUAUUUUCCAGCAUAGUAAUUGGUUCCUGGAGUGAUGUGGUAGGAAGACAAAGCAUAUUAUUGGUCACCCUGAUACUCAGUGGAUGUAGUUAUGGGCUGCUGGGCAUCUCAACAAGCAUCUUUUUGGUUAUACUGGCUAGGAUUCCCACAGGUAUCUUCAAGCAUACACAGACCAUCUUAAAAGCUCUUCUAUCAGACCUGGUUCCUGACCAUGAGCGCCCCCAUGCGAUGGGAAGGUUCUGUGCAGCUUCCAGUGUCGGAUUCAUCCUGGGCCCAGUUAUCAGCGGGUACCUUGUCGAGUUGGAUGGAGGUUUCUACUCAACAUGCUUCAUUUGCUGUUUAAUUUUCUUUGUUAAUGCAGGUGUGGUCUGGCAGUUGCCUUACAAAGAAUGGCUCUACAUUCCAACAAAGGAAUUACACUCAAUGACAGAAAACAAUUGUGAAAACAUGUACACUACUUUGUGUAACGAAAACAGGAAAUCUUUUGACACAGCAAGUAAUGGAGAGAUGAGACUCCAAACAUCAGAUCCUCUCUGGAAUCAGUGCAUGUCUGUGUGUCAAAAGAUAAAAGGACUAGUUUGUUCUAAUCUGUGGGACAUCUUUCUGGUAAGGUUUCUGAUGGCUCUGGCUAACCUCUUAUACUUCAGCAAUUUUGGUCUAGCCAUUGAAGAAAGAUUCAAUGUGCCACCAAGACUAAUAGGAUAUCUCAUCAGUUAUGGCGGAAUAAUUGGAUCUCUGUCGGGUUACAUAGCAGGCUCGGUGGCCAGACUGUACAACAAUAAAACCUUCUUGCUGCUGUUACAUUCCAGCAUCCUCACAUGCUGCACCAUGGUGGUGUACUCCUUUGCAACAUCUAUCAAGGUCAUUGUGCUGUGCACAACUGUUUUCGGGUUUUCAACCACUAUCGGCCGUAUGUGCAUCACUGAUGUGGAGCUGGGCAGGAUUGGGAAGCAGGCCAGGGGCACGUUGAUGGGAGCGGGACAGUCCGUGACUGCUGUUGCUCGGAUACUCGCCCCAGUGCUUUCAGGACUUGUCCAGGAAGUGAGUGUAUGUGGACCCCCAAGGCUUGGAGCAGGCCUGGCUUUACUGGCCAUCUUACACAUGAUUUCUAUUCAUUCAAAACAAUCCAAAACCACAGAGGCCAAAGUCAAGUUGCAGUAAAGAAUCGUCAGAUAAACUAACAUUAAUUUGAAAGAAAACAUGGGACAAAGUAUUGUGACUAUUUUACAUGAAACUAAUUUUCUGGUCUGUGUUUGUGUUCAUUACUAAUGUUUGGCUUAUUUGUGAGUGACUGCACAAGUGGAGAAUAGAGGCAUCAAAGUCUGCUUUUAGGCCCAUUUAAAUUUGGAUGAUAUUUAUUUAUUUAUGACCCAAUGCUGUUUUGAACUUUGACAUAGGUGAACUCUGCCUGUGUAAGUAAAAAGUUCAAAUCCCACUAUUGUCAUCAUAACCAAAUUAAUUAUAUGCGUAUCAUGGGAUAUAUACUUACUGUACUGCCUCUCCAAACUAAACAAGCCUGCAUUUUUGUGCAGUCCCAAAGCACCUUUUAAACCACUGAUACGUAUUUGUGAAGUGUAUUCACUGUUAUUUUGAUAAACAACCUGCCCCUUUGAUACUGUUCUCUGCAGCAUCACUUACUUUACUCCAUACCAUUCCCCAUGCCUAUUAUUGCAACAUUUAAUCUUCACACCUCACCCCAUCUAUCUGUGUCAUAGUCUAGACAUCCAAGAACCCACCCAGUCCCUAUUCUGGCCCCAAUAUUGCAUCCUCCCAAGCACAAAUAUUUAUCUUGGGCCAAUACCACUGUCCCUUGGUUUCAUCUCCCAACCCCAAGAUAACAACAUUCCACCCCAACCUACUUUACUCAACAACUUCAAAUUGUACAAUUUGUCAGUCUUUCCUUGUUCAACUUGUUUUAAAUACUUCCAUGCCAUUUCAUCCACCUAUCUUUCCACUGGUACCAAACCAUCCUGUAUUCCUUGAUAAUCCAUUAAUCUCACAUAGCCAAAUCCUACUCAAUGGCCCCAAACUAUCUAAUUCCCAGCUCUUUAUCAAUGACUUUCCCUCUCUGCCGACCUCUGCCUAUUUGCAACAUGUAUCUCAAAGACCAAUUUAAAAGUUUAUUGGUUAACCUUAUUAUUUUUAACCUUUGGCCACCUAACUUUCAGAAAUUAUUUUAAUUUCUUUUCUCUUUUAACAUUUCCCUUUUAUAUAAUUAGGGAUUUGAUCGUCAUUUUCAAUCCCUCGCUUGUUGCACUCUCUCCUGUUGCCUGUGACUUGAGGAUAUUUUCCUGCAUUAACUUGUGGGAUGUUUCAUUCCUUUAGAGCUGUUAUAUACCAGUAAAUGUAAUUUAUUAAAACUAUUUUUGUUAUAAUGAAUAGAGAAGACAGCUUUUGCUUCCAUGCAAGUAAAAGUGACCCUCAUGUAGGUUUUGCAUUUAUUUUCUUUUAGUUUAAGCAAGUUAUUUAACGUAUCUAAAAAUGUUUUAAUUUGCACUGUGGUAAAUGUGAAACUGAUGUAUGAAGUUUAAAAAUAGCUGGCUAACAUUACAUUAACAAGUUGCAAAUGACUACAUUGUUUAAACAUCUUCAUGGAGUAAUCAUAAAUCAGUGAUGGAAUGU